CGCAGCCUUUGGCGUUCCCACAACGCAACCUACCAAAGCAACAAACAAUCAGUCCCAACCAGACAGUGUAGAGAGUUUGUGUUCUCUCCAUUCAACAUAUUCUCUACCGCGACUUUUGGUUGCUGCCGUAGAUCUUUUCUCAUUUUUGUGUUUGGCAUUGCAGGCCAUUGGACUGUGGUUGACGGAGUGUGUUCUAUUGAUAGUUGACAGCAUGAGCGGUACCGGUACGACCGUCGACGACUCCCACGGCUUUUCCUUGACGAUCCGCACGUCGAAUGGCGAUCGCUUCGACGUCCUCGUCACUAGUAGCAACGAUUCCGAUCCCACCGUCCGAGACGUCAAGGCCGCCAUUGCUGCACGUCCCGGUGAGACGGUACCUAUGGAACGUUUGCGUCUCAUUUACAAGGGACGCAUUCUGGAGAACGAAUCCCACGUAUCGCACUACGCAAUCCUUCCGCGGUCGACCCUCUUUCUCGUCAAGAGCAGUGGUCAAACUCCAACGGUAGGAUCCGGGAACGCUACCACGAGUAGCCAUCGCACGGCCUCGACGGGUGUCACCAGUAGUGGUACCGUCGCUCCAACAGUGCCGCCGCCUUUGUUCCAAACCGCUCCACCAUUGUCGUCGUCGACGAAUCCCUGGGGAUUGGCGAAUGUCAAUAAUUCGGCGGGGGCCUUUCCACCCGGCAUGAUGCCUCCAACCGACCCCCAACAACUGGAAGCCAUGAUGAAUUCUCCCAUGAUGCAAUCACUGCUCGACAAUCCCGAACUCAUGCAGAACAUGAUGCAGGCGCAGAUGCGGAGCAAUCCGCAGAUGCGCCAAAUGAUGGAAGCCAAUCCGCAGUUACAGCACGUACUCAACGAUCCGCAAGUCUUGCGUGACGCCUUGCGGGUCAUGCGCAAUCCAGCCGCCCGCCAGCAAGCCAUGCGCAAUCAAGACUUGGCGCUCUCGCAGCUCGAAAAUAUGCCCGGCGGCUUUGCCGCUCUCAGCAGCAUGUAUCGGGAUGUCCAGCAACCAAUGGAAGAGGCGUCCGCGCUCAUGAAUCACACGGAAUCGGCGCGGACGGCGGACCCGGCCCAUACGCAAGCCGGGGCGUCCGGGACCGCCAUGCCGAAUCCGUGGGGGAGUAAUUACACCCGAGCUAGCCCGGCGGCGUCCAACGCCACGGCCCAUUCGAACAGCAGUAGUAACAGCAAUGCCAACAAUGCAGCGACGAAUCCGUUCCUGGCUGCCAUGGGAGGUAACCGCAAUGCCGCUUCCAGUGCCAACAACAACACUGGAACAACCGCCCACGGUACCGCAGCCACCGGAAAUCCCUGGGCCAGUACCGGCAUGCCGGGAUUUGCCUCCUCACUGCAACAACCGCCCAGCCCGGACCAGGCUAAUCUCAUGAUGAAUCUACUGGAUAAUCCGGCUGUGACACAAAUGAUGCAAAAUGCCUUGGAGCAGAAUCCCGACAUGUUCCGGACCAUGCUUGAACAACAGAAUCCUAUGUUGAGGAGUAUGUUCGCCAACAAUCCCGAGGCUGGCAACGACUUUAUCCGACAAAUGAUGAAUCCGCAAAUGCUUCGUACAAUGAUGCAGCUGCAGCAAAACAUGGGUGGUAUGAAUCCGGGCAGCAUGAUGAUGCCCCCCGUGACUCCCGCAACAAAUCCUAGUCUCAAUAAUACGAGUACAGGGCUCGAUUUUUCCUCCCUGCUGCAAGGUUCCCAAGGAGCCAGCAGAAGUAACGCCACGGCAACAAAUCCUUGGGCAUUUCCGACGCCCAGCAACAUUCGCAGUGUGAGCACACCCGUAACAGCUGCUCCGGCAGCGGAUCGGUAUCGCACCCAGCUGCGGUCCUUGUACGACAUGGGUUUUGACGACGAAGCUCGCAACGUUGCGGCGUUGGAACGAGUACACGGUAAUUUGAAUCGCGCCGUGGAUGCCUUGCUGUCGUCGCCGCCGCCUCCUACUAGUACAGCCACCAGCGCCCCAGCACCAUCCACAGGCAACGAAGAUUCUGGUCCUCCCCCCGAAGAAGCGCCCAAGGGCUCGCAAGAGAAAAAGAAUGACUAAAUAAAAAAGUAACCCGUUUAAUGUUG